GAACUUCAGCAAAGUAGUGCAGUGGGCCUCUGCUGAGCUGGGCAGGCCCACUGACUGUCCCUAGAAACAGUCGUAAAGGACCAAGUAAAUCAGUUAACUGUGGCUUUCAUAGAUAUCUCUUGAUAUCAAAACUUCUAUCCUCACUCGCUUCUCUUCUGAUCCUGUCGAGAUGAAAAUUGACAUUCAUAAUCAUAUUCUACCAAAAGAAUGGCCAGAUCUAAAAAAGAGAUUCGGCUACGGAGGCUGGGUGCAGCUCCAACACCACAGCAAGGGAGAAGCAAAGAUGCUAAAAGAUGGGAAGGUCUUCAGAGUGAUCCAAGAGAACUGCUGGGAUCCAGAAGUUCGUAUUAGAGAAAUGGACCAAAAAGGAGUAACUGUGCAAGCUCUUUCCACAGUUCCUGUCAUGUUCAGCUACUGGGCCAAACCUCAGGACACUCUAGAUCUGUGCCAGUUUUUAAACAACGACCUAGCUGCCACUGUUGCAAGCCACCCCAGAAGGUUUGUGGGUUUGGGGACAUUGCCCAUGCAAGCCCCAGAACUGGCCAUCAAGGAGAUGGAGCGCUGUGUGAAGGAGCUGGGUUUUCCAGGCGUCCAGAUCGGCUCCCACAUCAAUGAGUGGGACCUGAAUGUGCAGGAACUCUUCCCCGUCUACGAGGCAGCAGAAAGGCUGAACUGUUCCCUGUUCGUGCACCCCUGGGACAUGCAGAUGGAUGGACGGAUGGCCAAAUACUGGCUCCCUUGGCUUGUAGCCGACAGAGACCACCAUAGCCAUUUGCUCCAUGAUCAUGGGGGGCGUAUUUGAGAAAUUUCCUAAACUGAAAGUAUGUUUUGCACAUGGAGGUGGUACCUUCCCCUUCACAGUGGGAAGAAUCUCCCAUGGAUUCAGCGUGCGCCCAGAUCUGUGUGCCCAGGACAAUACAAUUAACCCAAAGAAAUACCUUGGUUCUUUUUACACAGACUCCUUGGUUCAUGAUCCCCUGUCCCUCAAGUUGUUAAUUGACGUCAUAGGAAAGGAUAAAGUCAUUUUGGGAACUGAUUACCCCUUUCCACUAGGUGAGCUGGAACCUGGGAAGUUGAUUGAGUCCAUGAAAGAAUUCGAUGAAGAAACAAAGGAUAAACUCAAAGCUGGCAAUGCCCUUGCAUUUUUGGGUCUUGAGAGAAAACAAUUUGAAUGAAUGAAUUCACUACAAAGGCAAACUUUCAGAAAGAUAUUUCAUUUUUGUUUUUUUCUUUCAGUCAUUCAUGUCUCUUUAUUUCCAGUGUUCGAUGCAAAUCAAUUCCAUAAUGUGAGAAGUUACUAAGAAUCAGAGCAUAAAUACACAAACACAAUAUACAAUCUAAAAUAAAUGUACAGCAUUCAGGUAUGAAGCAAAAAAAGAGUGCUCAUUCACACACAGCUGCUUCAGACCUGUUCAAUCUGGUUGUUCUCAUGUAAGUUUCUAAAGAUGGGAGAAAACAGCUUUGGUUAUCAAGACUCCUGUGACCAUACCAAAUACUGGAACAGCACCUAACCUUCAGUGUGACCAUGCAAAUAAAAUACUUCAGGGGAGUGUAUUUUUUAAAAGGUUUCUGUGUCGAGACUGUCAUAAAAGAUUUAUUUUCCAGAAUCAAAUCCACUUGAGCUUCUAUCUAAAAAUAUUGACUGAUAACAGAAAGUGUCCCAAAUAUGGCUAUACUGUUCUAUAGGUUAAAAAUAAAUAUACACAUUUACAGAAAGACUAAAAAAAGCUUUUAUGAACUUUAUGCAAGUUAGCGUCCAUUCUUCACAUCCCAAAUAUUUGAUUUACAGUUGUGGCUCCUUCACGUAUUUGGCUUUUUAAUUUCAAGAUUUGUAAUUCUACCUUCAAAACAGAUAGCUUUUUAAAUGUAAAAAGUAUUCAACAUAUGCAGAAAUAGAAAGCAUAAUUUUAAGUUAGUUGAGGCCAAUGCAAUUCUACUCUUUUAAAAUACUUAACAUUAAAAAAAUACAUUUUAACUAAAUUAAUCAGGUGCCCUUGUCUAAUAAAAAGAGGUGAUAGAAAAUGCCUAUCAUUUGACUUUAUAAGGUCAAGCAAGAUUCACCCAAUAGGCUUGGAUUUGGGGGUAGAUUUCAACCCAUCAUUGCCCUGGCACAUCUCAAUUACUGCAUAAAAGAUCAAAUGCAAUGUGUCAAAUCAAAAACCUCAAAGAAAAGCUAUCCCCAAAAAAUAGUGAUAGCUUUACAAUGUAAAACUUUAUUAGAGUAUAUUGGCAUUAAAUUAGUACUACUCAAACCAUACAUUGAGAACUUACAGGAACACCU